AUGAAUGUAACGGAAGAUUUAAGUCAGUUCUUCACUGAUGAGCCUAUUCAACGAUUAGAUUCAUCUGUUCUUCGGAGGUUAAAUCCAAGAAAAUAUUGGACUGUGAAAAAAAUUAUCGAUCAGAUGGGAUCAUUAUCAGCCAAGGCACAAGGCUUGCGAAAAUCGCUGACAACAUAUGAAAAGAUAAUUGACUCAGAUGAGCGUCAAAUUUUAUAUAUAUUGUGGAAAAAAGAUGUAGAAUAUAGUGGUCGGAACAUAAUAAUUGGAUUACUUAAAAUUGGUUAUAAAAAUUUAUAUCUAACUGACGAAAAGAAUCAAACCUAUCAAACAACACCUCUAUGUAUACUCGAUUUUUACAUUCAUGAUUCGUUACAAAGACGGGGCUAUGGGCACACGCUUUUUGAUUAUAUGUUGCAAUGUGAAAAAUCAUCAGCAAGUGAAGUUGCCAUCGAUAAACCGUCCGAUUCAUUGAUCCAGUUCAUGGGAAAACAUUAUGAUUUAAAAGAUCCUAUCUGGCAGACUAUAAAUUUUGUCGUCUAUGCUUCAUUUUUUGAACAUAUCGAACCUUGUAACCAAGAUUUGCACAAGAAACAGCAACAGAAUCUCUCUUCUAAAGUCCAAUAUGUUGAGAGGAAUUAUCCAUCUCGAGGAAGAGAUAAUGUUGGUGAUAUCAUGCGAAGCGCCACAGAGCUCCCAACUCGAAUAUAUUCAGCUCCAGAUACUCCUCUUGGUCGCAAAGUAGCCCGAGAUUUGGGUCAUCAGAUGAUUUGGUGA